ACGCGCUAGUUCCACCGGUUAUUUCUUUUCUGACCAAUAAAUUGUGAUAUCAACUAUGUUAAUACCUUUUUUGGAAUUUAAGUAACAUUUUCCUUCAGUGUUUCAUCUUGCACUUAUGUGUGAAACUAAACAAUAUGCCUCGAGUAAAACUUGAAUACGUCGUGAGUUUCAGCAGUGAAGAUUCUGAGAAUCCGGCUAACAACUUGCUAGCAUAUGAAGUGAGCAAGAAAAAAUGGCUGUGCAAAAUUGGGGAACCAUCAUGCUCAGUUGUGUUGCAGCUCAAAAAUGCAGUUCAGAUAUCUACAGUUCAUAUUGGUGCAUACCAUGCCGCACUAGUAGAAGUCCUAGUAGGGCGCUCAGAGACUCCAAAUGACCAAUUUGAAGUACUGGUUCCAUCUAGCGUGUUCCUAUCGCCUAUGGACUCGCGUCGCGGGACUGGCGUGGAGCGCGUGCGCUCCUUCAGCGCUGAGCAACUCGCGCCGACUAAAACCCAGAAGUGGGAUCGAGUCAGAGUUGUGUGCUCGCAGCCUUAUAACAAGCAUUGCAAGUAUGGCCUCUCUUUCGUCCACAUAUUUGAAUCAGACAAAGCCGAAUCUGACAAGCCCCCAUCUCCCCAGCCCGCACCAGCUGUCCCUACACGUUUAGCAGCACCCAUCGGACAGUACUCGUCAGACGAAGACGACUUUAGACCUGGAGAACUGUUCGCCAAGCAUCGGCAGAGUGAAGGCAGUAAAAAUACUGAAGCCCAAAUACGACAAGCAUCAUCCCAAGCCCUUCGAAACAUAAACGAUUCCGCAACUAAACUAGUCAAAACCCCCAUAGCUAAAGCCAACUCCAACCGAACCAAUCAAAAUAACGACUUCAACACGAGCAGGCAGAAAGACAACCUCAUGUACACUGAUGAUGAUGAACAACCACACGCGAAAAUAGACUCGAUAGUAAAAAGGCACAAAGAUGAGAAAGAACAAGAAGUUAAAAAGAAAGAAGCUGUGCAAAAUCUGUUUAGGAAAGAUAAAGAACGAACUAACAGAUUAGAGCAAGCUAGUAAGAACUUUAAAGAGUUUCUUGAUGAUACAAUUGAUAAAGAUAAAAAUGUUAAUAGUUCUAAAAAAGACACUUCUAAAGACAAAAGAAAUUUAAAUUCUACAAAUAAAGAUAGUUCUAGACAUGAUGACAGAAAAAACAAGGAUUCAAGUGAAUCUAGAAGUCGAGAUAGUUCUAAAGAUAAAAGACAUGCAGAUAGUUUAAAUAGUUCUAGAAACAAAGAUAGUGACAGAAGAAAUAGAGAUGAUGGAAAUAGUUCACAGUCGAAGGCAAAAGAUGCGAAUGCUAGUGGAGAUAACAGGAAAAGACAACACUCUGAUGACAGGCAGAAAGGAAAAGACACUCUCCGCCCCGGCCCAGUAAGCUCCGCGCCACACACGCUAAUGUCGGGCGUGGUGUUCGCGCUGAGUGGAUACGAGAACCCGCGCAGGGCUCGCCUGAGGGACUCCGCUGUGGCUAUGGGGGCGCGGUUCGAGCGAGAUUGGAGCCCUGCCUGCACGCAUCUCAUAUGCGCAUUCCCAAACACGCCCAAACUCCGAACUGUCCGCAGCUCUCCAACCGGUACAAACUGCAUAGCAGUUUUAGGAGAAUGGAUAGAACAAUGCUGCGAGAAACGAAGAAUGUUGCCAUGGCAAUGGUUUGCCACUGAACCUAAGAGAAAGUUCAAGCGCCGGCUGGAUGGGAUGAUGAUGAUAAAACCGCUUCAGAAUGCGACACUGACGAUGAAAUCGAUAAAGUUUUACGAAAGCAAAAGAAACAACGCACAACCUCUCCCUCCCCCCUACCAACUAGCAGAGAUUCACCCCAACCCCACUCAAGCAAAGACUUGUCACCACAAACCAGAGAAUCACCAAAACCACAUUCAAGUAGAGAAAAAUCACCAAAAACUAAAGAUAAGACACCAAAACAGAGCAAAGAUUUGAAAAGUAGAGAACGAUCACACACUAAAGAAUCGCCAAAACAGAAACUAAACUUCUCAAACAUAUCUACAGACUCUGACGUAGCUUUCGUUAAAGAUGAAAGAAUCCAAGCGAACGUAACUAUAGACUCCGGAGAUUCCACAGAUGAAGAGAAGCCAGUGGUUAAAGAGAAGAUAGAUAAAUCGUGUGUGUUGCCAGAUUUUUUUGAUGGGUACACGUUUUUAAUAGAUGACUGUGUGGAGGACGCCGGGUUUGAUAAGGGGGUGUUGGGCAGAUAUGUGAGGGCUUAUGGCGGUGUUGUUAUGGAUGCGUCCGCAGUAGAUUCUGACAGCGAUAUCAGUUUCGUGCUAAGCACCGGCCUCGGCAGCAGUAAAAAUGGACUCCGAGUGCGCGCUGAUUGGCUGUGGCGAUGCCAUGAGGACAAACAGCUGGCUGAUGUGGAUGAAUAUAAGCUCUGAAUUUAGGGAAUAGGUUCUAUCUAAACUCACAUACAGGUCAAACGCGAUUAAUUAACAUUAGUUUACCUUUUUUCCCAAUGUUUCGGCCAGGUUGCACUGGCCGUGGUCGCGGAAGACUGACGUUCCAGCAAAGUGUCACCGGAGAUGUAAACACCACAA